AUAUAGGUGAUCAAAAGCGAAAUGUCAUGAUAUCUCAUGUGAUUGUCUUUUGACCUAUUGCACCUUAAAAUAUAUGAAUGACACUCAUAGAGCUUUAAGCAUACAGUUCUUUAGGAUCUUUAUAAUUUGUAAAAUAAAGAGUUGCAAGUUAAGUAAACAGCAUGGGAGGAAGUUGCCCCGGGCCUUGGUGCAGAUGAAAAGUAAAAAUAAAAAGUAUUUAUAGACAGAUAGGUAACUAGAUGCGCGUUGCUCCAGCUCUCUAAACGUGCUUGUUGUCUGAAACGGGCAUCUCUCGACUAUUUUGACAUAUACACACCGACGUUGCACGCUCACACAGAGCCCAAAAUGGGAGUUUGUGAUUGUGUCAGCCCAAUAUCAAUAAAGAAAAGAACCAAUGGGCUGCAGAUUGUCACAUGGGCCGGUCUGUCUGCAAAAAAAAAUCUUACUUUCAGAGCGUAACAGAUCACAGCAUUGUGAAUUAAUUAGGCAGAAAAACACAGUCUGCUUAGUGUUUUAUGGGCCGAUCAUAUCAUAAGAAGAUGAUCAGCCCGGCCCAAAAAGUAUGUCGGCCCAGCGGAAAACUGCCCUGCCUGCCAGAUGGCCAGUCCACCCCUGUGUGCACCUCUCCUGUUUCCACCAAAACUGUUUGUCAGGGUCUCCAGAGGCUCAAUAUCCAUGGCUCGGCUGUUAAAGUUAAACUUUUGGAAAGGUUUGAAAUUAAGUUGAACAUGGCCUGCACAGUCACCAGAUGUAAAUAUUAUUGAGCCACUUUUGGGAUGUUUUGAGGGAGUAAGUCAGAAGACAUUUUCCACCCCCAGCAUCAUGUAGUGAUCUGGCCACUAGUCUGCAAGAAGAAUGGCGCAAAAUCCCUAUGGUCACUGUGCAGGGCUUGUAUCUGUCAUUCCCAAGACAAACUGAUGCUGUAUUGGCCACAAAAGGAGGCCCUACACCAUACUAAUGAACUUGUGGUGUAAAACCAGGCAUUUCAGUUUCAUAGUCCAACUCCUGUAUAGUCUUUGGCAAAACCUACAGCGAACAAAAUUUUGGGAAACUACAAAAAAAUCUUCUUUUGGGGUUAAUGGCGGUUAGCAGACAGACAUAAAUGGUGCAAUCCUGCCACCUACUGGAUAGGAGGGUGUAGAGCAUAACGGUUGAGGAGAUUGCCAGGGGGAGAAGAAAAAAAACAUACUGUUUAUACCUGAAUAAAUUAUGCAAGUCAAAUUUGUUUCUUUUAAAUAAUAAAUUAAUAAUGACAUUAUUUAUACAAUGUAUGCUUAGCACUUGGAUUAAUUGGAGUUUUUCAUUGCCUCACAUUCUGUAAUUACAUUAUCUAUUGUUUCUGUUUGUCCAUAAAAACAUUCCUCCUAUUACCAAACCUAUUGACUUGAAUAAGAUGCAUAUGCCUGCCUUUAACUUCAUCGUCCCACUACUUCUGUCAUUUCCUAACUAUUUCUUUUGCAAUCAUCCCCUUCCCUUUGGAUUUACUCCCACAAAAAAAAAAAAAAAAAAAAAAAAAAAAAAAAAAAAAAAAACAUUCGGCUUGUGUCAUAAACCAUGCAGUACGUCCUAGAAACGCGUAGGGGCGUGGUCACAGAGCCAUGUAAAGUUAGCAGUAGAGAAAGGUACAAUGCCUUCCAAACGCUGCUAUUUUCAUAGAGGUAGGGCUUUUUCAUUAUUUGGUCUUCCAAGGAACAGGGAACAGAGAGAGAGGUGGUUACAGUUCAUUUUUAACUGUGUUCCAGAGAGUUAUAAGAAAGAUCUCUCUCUCUGUGCGAGGCAUUUUACAAAGAACUGCUUCCAGAAUUACUCGCAAUUCACCGCUGGAUUCGGUCUCAAACUUCUUCUCAAAGAAGGAGCGGUCCCGACGAUAAAAGACGAUUGUGAGCCACAACCUCGAAAAUUGGUUCCUGUUGUUCCAGCAGUUGCAGUGGAGGGUUUUCAUGCUUCUGCUUCGGUUCCAAAGAAAAACACUACAAAUAAUGCGGAUUGCAUAGUUGGCAGCGAUGAAGAACUUGAUUUCUGUGACCAGGACAGUGUGGCAUCCAGUGUGGACAGCUCAGCAGAAGACAUGUUUAUUGACGAUAUGGAUCCUAUUCUAGACCGUAGGCCUUCAUCAGACCUUUACCUGCCAGAAGAGGACUACGAUUCAAAAGACGCUCCACAACACAGAAAGAGACUUUGCCUGUCUUCUGCUGAAGGAGGCGACAGGAAAAGUGAAAAUGGUUUCUAUUGGACUGAAACAGAAAAGUGGCAAAGCUCAGAUGAAGCAGACGUUGAGCCACCUCUGCUGGUCUUCACACCCAACCAAAAUCCUGGCCCUCAGAUUCUACCAAACAGGUGCUCCAGCGCUCUGCAGUUUUUUCAGCUCCUUUUCCCAAAGUCAAUGUUUCAGACCAUUGCAGGCUACACAAACAGCUAUGCAGCCAAGUACGAAGAGAGAAAGGGCAAGUUGUGGAACUUCAUUAGUCAAAGUGACAUGAAGUCGUACGUAGCGCUGGUAAUUUACAUGGGCAUGUUCAGAUGCUCUUCACUAUCAGACUAUUGGAGUGAGUCCCAGCACUUCAGUCUGUCCUUUCCUGCAAAAAUCAUGUCUUACAGGAAAUUUCUGUCCAUCUCCAAAGUUCUUCAUCUGAGCGAAAGCAGAGAGGACGAGAAGAACAUCUUAAAGAAGGGAACAGCAGGUUACGAACGUCUGGGUAAAAUCCAGCCUCUGUACCAAGUCAUUAGGGAGUCCUGCAAAUCAUACUUUCAUCCCUUUCAGAACAUCACCAUUGUUGAACGAAUGGUCAAACCACAGGCUGGAACUGGACUCAAACAAAGCCUGAAAAGCAGAUCUCCAAAUAUGGGGUUCAAACUCUUCGCACUGACAGACUGCACCUGCGGCUAUACGUGGGACUUCUUUGUUUACGAGGGGAAGUCGUGUGCGUCACGGAGCGAGGGAUUAAGCUAUGAGACUGUGAUGGCGUUAGUGGAUGAGAAUAUGUUGGGUUCUGGGUACAAAUUGUUUGUAGACAAGUUUUACACCAGCCCCACACUCUUUACAGACCUUCUGGACAAAAAGGUCUUGGCUUGUGGCCCUGUUUGGCCAAACAGGACCGGUUACCCAAAAUCAGCUAAGAACAAGCUGUUAUCGAAUGCUCCACGUGGCACCAUGCGUUGGAUUAGACAAGACAAGCUGCUGUUUGUUGAGUGGAAAGACUCCAAGGAGGUGCAGAUGUGCUCUUCAUUCCAUAAAGCCUAUGAAGGCGAUACUGUGCAGAGGAAGGUGAGGCGGGAUGCACAUCGAACUCUUGAGGAGAUCCCCGUUCCAGCUGUGGUGCUGGACUACAGCAAGAACAUGGAAGCAGUGGAUUCAUCUGAUUGCAUCACUGAACAUUUCAGAGCCAUACAUAAACCCAAAAAGUGGUAUCAAUGCAUGUUUUAUCACUUUCUGGACAUCGCUGUAGAGAAUGCCUUCAUCAUGCAGGAACUAGUGACCAAGGGAAACGGCAAGAAGCCUUUAACACGAAAAGCGUUCUUGCAAGCCCUCAUUUUAGAGCUUACAGAUAUAGAUAGUCUGGAUUCUGCAGCAGUUCCCUUGACUCUCUCUUCAUCAGGAUAAUCCUCAACUACAUUCCACAGGUCAUGCUGACAGCGCUGCUGGGAGAAAGUGUUUCCUCCAGUCAUGUAUGACAUGAUAUGAUGAUGUUCUUUCAGCCUGAGAUGGACCAUUCUAAUGACGGCUUAAAGUCUUCUUGAAGCAAAUGUAAAAGGUGUUUUUGCAUUUAUAUUUUGCCUUGAUUUGAAAUUAAAUGUUUUGUUUGUUGUAUUGAAAGGCUGAAUAAAUGUGUGUUGAAUGGC